UCGGCUUUUGAGUCUGGCAACUAGUUUUUCCAAAAUGGCGGCCAGAGUUUUGAGAUGUGUAAAUCUUGUCAAAGUUGGAGGGACGAUUAUACGAUCAGCACAACGAAAAAAUACUUUACAAGGUUUAUGUUCAAAUGUUCAGAAAGUCCAAGGAAUACGUGCAAAUUUACUUGUAAAUAAUAACAUCAUGAAAAACAGUUUAAAGAACUUUAGUGUUACGGCUGCAGCCCAGCAGAUGAUGACAGAUCCACUUAACAUGAUCCAGAAUGUCGAUAUCAGGAGUCCAUCUAGUUCAUCAGCAUCUUCAUUAUCAGAAGCUGGAGCUGAAGAUGAAGAUGACCAAAACUGUAUAUCAGCCAUCUAUAAUCCAGAAGUCAUAUCCAAAGUUGAAAAAGAAGCAACAGAAGGAAUAAAAAGUGGGAAAGUAUUUGCAGUUGUUCACUUAGGUGGUCGGCAAUUUAAAUUUACUGUAAAUGAUACCAUUACUAUCUUUAAAAUUCCUGCAGAAUUAGGAGAAAGAAUAAAACUAGAAAAGAUCCUCCUAGUAGGCGGUGAGAACUUUUCUAUCAUUGGUCGACCUCUUUUAAAUAAAGAACUUGUAACAGUUGAGGCUACUGUCAUAGAAAAAACAAAAACAUCAAAAGUUAUUGUCUUCAAGAAGAAAAGAAGAAAAGGAUAUAAGAGAACUCAAGGACACAGACAAGAUAUUACUGUCCUGAGGAUAAAUAGCAUCAACAUCAACCCUUCAAACCUUUCCUCUUCUGUUUGAACUCUCAAUCUCCAGAUAUCUAGACCUUCCCCAUUUCAAACUUUUAGCCACAUAUAUCCCAUGGAUUACCAUCAUUAGUAGAAAAGUAACAUAAAGAGAGGUGAAUACACAACCCCUGAUUCCCACCUCGAUUCCCACCCUUGAAUCCUACAAAACAAGGCAGUGAUACAUGUACACAUGAGAUCAAACAUUUAUUACAUAAUAAGAGUUUGAACAAGUAACCAUGAAGAUAUAUUUAUGCUUGGAAAAUAUUGCUAUUAAAACUAUUGACGGUUCUUAUAAAUCCA